AUGCGCGAAAAUGGCGCCAACGCCUGGCGCGCCCAGCUCCUGGCGCUGCUCCAGCGGCGUAGGCAAGCGCAGAAGGCGAUCGCGCUGUUCAUCCCUGAAGCAUCAGCUGCUGCACGCGACGCUGGAGCAUUACCGGCGUCGUCGCUCGCCUUGAAGCUGCUGCGCGCCGCGGUCGAGAGUCGCCGCCCCGAGUGGACCCAGGCGCUGGCAGUCGAACGCGAUCCCAAGCGCCAGCGACUGAGCGAUGGCGGCAAGAAUGACGUCGUGUUCGCCGCCAAACUGGCGCAGAGUAUUGUGAAGACCUACGCGCCCACUAGCGCUGCUGCCGUAAAGGAAACAGAGCUGGAGGAUUUCGUGGCAGCGCUGGAUCUGGCGUGUGUGGCGCUUUACGUGGUUUGUGCGUUGGAGAAUGCGGCUCGACUCGGGGACCUCGUCGUGGACAAUUUGCUGUAUCAAGUAGCCAAGAAGCUCGCCGAGAUUCCUAGUGUACGUUGCGGCGCAGUGCCAUUGAUAGUGUAA